AACUCUUCGAUAUCUUGCGACCCCAUCCUGAGGACUAGACUUUUACACUAGAUCCGGUCAGCGUUUUUCUUUUUUUUUUUUUUCGUCGUCUUUUUUUUUUUUUUUGGCACUACCUCGGAGAACAGUUACCUCUCCUCCCUCCUGCCAAAAAAGCGCUUGUUACCUCGCGUGUUUAUUUGGUUUCUUCUGCUCUUCAAGCGCCCCUCUUCUUCCCCAAGUCUCAAGUUUCGAGAUCGCUCCGUUCUUUUUUUUUUUUUUUCUUUUUCUUUUUCUUCUGUCAAGCGUCGUCUCCCGCUUCACCUCUUCUCCCCCUUCCUUGUCAAGUUCCCGUUCAAGUUUUUGAAUGACCAUUGAGCCCAGCUUUGCUUCGCAAAUCCUCAACUUCCCUUGUACCGCCCCGAUCUCUGCCAUCGCCGACGAUACUUCUGCCAUGAUGCUCAUGCUUGAACCCUCAUUUGUCCCGCAAUUCCGCGGCGACCUCAACGACUUUCCCUCGAGCGAUAUGCUCGAAUUCGAUGCCGCACUCCUCGCUUUCGAGGCUGCAGCAGCUUCUGAAGGCCUUGCGCGUGUUUGCAAGCAGUCGCCUUGCGCCUCGGACGCCUCGUCCGUUAGUGAUUCCGCGGUUAGUGACGCCGCAGACCGCGCCUCGUUUGCCAGCGAGCCCGCUUGGCUGAGCCAGACUUUUGACUUUUCGCUCCACUCGAACGCCGACGUCAAGAAGCGUUCUGGCCGUGCUCCCACCCAUCACACCAACACCAAGAACAACAUGUCGUUCAUUGACGAGUCCGUCUCUCCGCGCAAGCGUCGUGCCGAGGAAGCCCUCCGCGAUCCUCGCUCGUCUGGCGCGUCGCAGUCGCUGUCCGGCUCUCCGCGCGUGUCGCCUGUGGCAUCGCCCGCCGUGCACCUCUCCACCGACCGCCAGCUCGAGGCCGGCGAAACGCUCGCCGACUACCUGGACAAGCGCAAGAAGAACAAUGACGCGGUCAAGAAGUGCCGCGCCCGCAAGCGCAUGGCUGUCGUCGCCACCGAGGAAGAGUGCCAGCGUCUCAGCGGCGAGAAUGCUUCUCUGCGCGACCGUGUCGGCAGUCUCGAGGCCGAGGUCGCCUACCUCAAGAACCUUCUCAUCUCUGCCACCGCCGUUGCCGCCAAUCUCGCCUGAAUCGCGGGUUGUUGACUGCGCAGAUGUCUGUUUGUUGUUUUGUUGUUUUGCUGUUGUUUUUGGAUUUCGUGUGUGUGCGUGUGUGCGUGUGUGCGUGUGUCUCUUUGAUGUGCUUCAUUUUGUUUGGUUGACAUGCUGUUCGAUAAUGCAAAAUCAAGUUACAUCCCAAAUUGACUCUCUUCAAGC